UGGUGGGGGACAGGAAUGGAUCAGCCUGGGUCGGGCGUGCCCUGUGGCCAGGAGCCUCUGGGGAGGGACGUGCAGUGGAAGGGGCCCAGGGGUGGCAACGGGUUCCCCCCCAUUGCAUCCCCCCAGGCACUGGGUGAGGACCAGGUGCGGAUGACCUCGGAGGGCUCUGACUGCCGCUGCAAGUGCAUCCUGCGCCCGCUCAGCAAGGACGCCUGCAGCCGCGUCAGGGAUGGCAGCGCACGCGUGGAGGACUUCUACACUGUGGAGACGGUGAGCUCAGGGGUUGACUGCAAGUGCUCCUGCACUGCACCGCCCUCCUCACUCAACCCCUGUGAGAAUGAGUGGAAGAUGGAGAAGCUGAAGAAGCAGGCACCUGAGCUCUUCAAGCUGCAGUCUAUGGUGGACCUACUGGAGGGAACACUGUACAGCAUGGACCUGAUGAAGGUGCACUCCUACAUCAGUAAGGUGGUGGCCCAGAUGAACACGCUGGAGGAGACCAUCAAGACCAACCUGAGCCGGGACAACAACAUCAUGAAGGAGAGCGUCCUGCACCUCGCCGACCAGAUGAAGCGCUAUGAGAACUACUCCGACAUCAUGAUCAGCAUCAAGAAGGGGAUCUCCAACCUGGGCUACCAGCUGCUGCAGAAGGAUGCUGCUGCCGCUCCCGACAGCAAAGUACAGGACACGGCAGGCAGCCGUGGGAAGGAGGCGGCGCGAUUCCCCGCUGUCCGCAAGGCACUGCCUGCCCGCACACCCAAGGAGAAACCACUAAAGCCUGAGAAGCCUAAGAAGGAAAACGCCAAGAGAGGGGGCCCGCAGCCCACGGCCAAGCCCAAGCUGCCUGCGCAGCAGCAGACCGUGGUGCGGGGCAUCACCUACUACAAGGCUGGGCAGGUGGAGGAGGUGCAGAGGGCGGCCGGCAGCCGUGUGAAGGAGGUGGAGUGUGAAGGCACCAUCCGCUCAGUGGACCCCCCCACGGAGCACCACAGCUAUGGGCGCAAUGAGGGGGCCUGGAUGAAGGACCCGGCGGCCAAAGAUGACCGCAUCUACGUCACCAACUACUACUAUGGCAACAGCCUGGUGGAGUUCAGGAGCCUGGAGAACUUCAAGCAGGGCCGCUGGAGCAACCUCUACAAGCUGCCUUACAACUGGAUCGGCACAGGGCACGUGGUGUACCGCGGCGCCUUCUACUACAACCGCGCCUUCACCAAGAACAUCAUCAAGUACGACCUGAAGGAGCGCUAUGUGGCGGGAUGGGCGCUGCUGCACGACGUGGUGUACGAGGACACGACACCCUGGAAGUGGAGGGGGCACUCAGACAUCGACUUUGCAGUGGAUGAGAGCGGGCUCUGGGUCAUCUACCCAUCGGCGGACGAUGACUACACGCAGCAGGAGGUGAUCGUGCUGAGCCGCCUGGACCCCGGGGACCUGUCGGUACGCAGAGAGACCACCUGGAGGACGGGGCUGAAGCGCAACGCCUACGGGAACUGCUUCAUCAUCUGCGGCAUCCUGUACGCCGUGGACACCUCCAGCCAGAAGGAGGGGCAGAUCUCCUAUGCCUUCGACACACACACAGACACCGAGGCAGAGCUGCGGCUGCCCUUCCUCAACGAGUACGCCUUCACCACACAGGUUGACUACAACCCCAAGGAGAAGGUGCUCUACGCCUGGGACAACGGCCACCAGAUGACAUACCGGCUGCACUUUGUGGUCUGAGUGCUGGCCAGGGCCGCGGGGACAACCCAGUCCCCAAGAGCCCCCUCCACCCAGGAGCUCCACAGUGUGCCGCACACAGGGGCCGGGGUGGGGGAGUGCUGGGGUGAAGGGACACCCCCACGACGUGGUGGCUGCUGGGGCUACGUCCCACCUCCGGUGGCUCUGGAAGUCCUGGGGCAGGGCGAGGAGCAGAGCCCUGUGUGUCCCCACACCCGGCGCCCACCCCAGUACUGAGUGGCUGCACCCAGCCUGGCUCCGCUCCUGCUGCAGCUCUGGGUGCUCUUGGCCCACCUGGGACCACGUCCUGCAGGGCGGGUGCAACUUGGGUGCUGCCUCGCUGGGAAGAACAGCCACUGAUUGCUAUUUUAGAAGAUGCAAUUAAGAUGCCUUUGCUUUUGCAGCCCAUUAGCUUGUUAUUUAAAUGCAUUCACAGGAGCUGUGCACUGGCACAGAGCAGCAUUGGUGUGACGCUCUGCCCUGCCUGAACCCAGCACCCAACACCAGGCUGGGAUGGGCACGUAGCCAGGGAGCUGCAGCCUUCGUGCUCCUCCCCAGCAGGGCAUUGCUUGGCUUGGUUUCUGUCAAUUUAGAAGUGAACAGUAUUAAAAAGUAACAGAUAUAAAGCCA